CGUCAUUCACCACGAUUGUCUUCGACAGCAUAUUGAAGACUCGGGUCAUUGGGCGAUGAUAGAGAAACCAAAGGAACUUCAGGAAUAUAUAGAUGAAUUUUUAGAAAGAGUGAAGAAUGUUGAGGCAAAUGUUGCUGAUAGGAAA